AUGGACGGCCCUAGCGUCCGCGUGCCCGUAUGGUCGUGUAGGGAUACAAGUAUGCUGUGUGACCUCCAGGACAACGAUGAUUCUCUCCGAUUUUUCCCCAUCUUCUUCUCUUGCUGCUCCCUCUGUGUGUGUCGAACACCGAGCUGCCAAGCGCAGACUCACUUGAAUGAUCGCCGCCUGCUACCACUCACAUCUGAGUUAGGCGCCACUCUCCCCGUCCACGCCUGUGGGGCUUCAUCACGACAGGUAGCAUUGCGCCGAGUUGCGGUGCAGUUCCGCUGCCAUCGCCGCGAAUUUGUUCAAAACUGCGCUCUUCCUCAAAUGGGAGGGGAACCGGAUGACCGGAACAGAGACGUGACCGAUGAUGGCCACUCAGCGCGCAAGCGAGUGUGCCUUGAGCACAUGCUCCCUUCAGUGCAGCAGCGCUUCGCAGAGUUGGCUCACGCUAGCGUCGGUGAGUCGUCUCUCACUGCGGAUGCACUUUUCCAGCGAUAUCAGCGAGUGCUGAAAGUAGGCGAGGGCACCUUCGGCGAAGUAUUUGUUCUUUACGACACCGUGGCACACACGUACAUCACCAUGAAGCGCAUGCACACGCUGCUCAGCUUCCGGCGCCGCAGUCUGGGCAUCCACCGCUGCACUUUUCGAGAAGUGGAGCUGCUUGCAGCGCUGCAGCAUCCGAACAUCGUCCAAGUGCUUGACUACCAUAUCCUCUCCGACGGUAGUUUGGUGCUGCUGAUGCCAGUUAUCGCACACGAUCUCACAUCUCUGCUGCGUCGGUGGCCGUCAACCACACAAAGCACCGGCCAUGGCACAGCGUCGACCACUGCCUCCACGCAUCCGCGCAUGCCGCUGCACGUUGUCAAGUGCAUUUUUCGCCAGAUCAUCGCCGGGAUCGCAUACCUCCACCGGCACAAAGUCCUUCACCGCGAUUUGAAGCCAAGUAACGUCAUGGUCGAUCAUACAGGAGUGGUGAAGCUGAUCGAUUUUGGGUGGUCACGCUUCUGCGCUGCAGCAGGAGCCAUGACAGGCCCACCUUGUGUGACUGCUUUUCGGCCUCCGGAGGUGUUGGUGGGGGCACACAAUCACUACACGUUCAGCCUCGACAUGUGGUGCUGCGGGUGCGUUCUCUUCGAGAUGUUGACGGGCGGCACGCCAUUCGCAAAGAGUCGCAACGAAGCGGAGUGCCUCGCCAACAUUGUGGACUGGCUUGGGUCCCCGUCCAGCUCCAGCGAGGUGUACUACCGAAGUACCGCCCGCUGUCCUCUCCCUCUCGCCCUUGGUCGUCCCAACACGUUCGAGCAGCGGUGCAGCAACUACGGCAUUAAGCCAGCAGAAUCUGUUUUUCUGCGCCGGAUGCUCUGUCUGGAACCGGGGGAGCGGGCCACCGCCGAGGCACUUCUCGGUGACGCCUGGUUCACCACAGCACCGACGAUGUGCGUGCCGAGCGCCAUUCCGCUUCCUGCAUACAAUAUGUUCCGGCUUGUAGAAGUCAAGCGGAAGGAGCUGCAGCACUGA